AAACUUUUGGCGCAUUUUCAGUGAAUGUCUUAACAAAAGAGAGAUUGACUUUGAAUUGAGAUUUAAUUUUUAAAAGGAUUUCAUUAUUAAAAAACAGUGCUUUUUGUCUAUCAUUUGAUCCAAACUUUUGAUUUAUACAAGAAAUGGAUGUCACAGAUAAUCGUCUGAAUCAAACUCAACGGAUUAAAGACGAUUUGUCGGAAAAGUGUCAAAAACUUUUUCGCGAUUUUCUAUCCGAAUAUAAAGAGCCGAAUGUUGAGACCGAUGACCACAAAUAUUUGACGGAAUCACUUGAACUGAUCAAACCAGAGAGGAAUACAUUGUUUGUGUCAUUCAAAGAGUUGACAAAUUGGGAUCAAGAGUUAGCUAUUGAUAUAACUAACAAUUAUUAUCGAUUUUAUUCAUAUUUAUGUCGAUCGGUGUCCGCAUUGAUUAACGACGAAAAGCAUAAGUCUAACGAAGAAUUGGAUGAUUUGACACUUAAUGUCAUCAAAAACAAAGACUUUUACGUUGGUUUCUAUGACUUUGCCGAUCGCACAAAACUACGAGAACUAAGGGCUUCAAAGAUAUCGUCAUUAGUGAAAAUUGUGGGACAAGUAGUGCGCACUCAUACCGUACACCCAGAGCUCAUCUCAGGUACGUUUGAGUGCAUGGAUUGCGGUACAGAAGUGGCAAACGUUGAACAACAGUUUAAAUACACUUUACCUACUAUUUGUCGUAACACUGUUUGCUCGAAUCGAUCAAAGUUUCGACUACUUCUUCAUAAAUCCCGAUUCGUUGACUUUCAAAAAGUAAGAAUUCAAGAAUUACAAGCAGACCUUCCCAGAGGUUGUAUUCCCCGAAGUCUUGAUAUUGUGAUUCGAGGCGGAGAUCGUGUAGAAUGUGUUCAACCGGGAGAUAGAGCCGACUUUAUUGGAUGUCUUAUAGUUGUUCCCGAUGUGGCACAACUGAUUGCAGGCAGUGGUGGACUUGUAAGGACUGAAACCGGUGCCGGAGAUGGAGGUCUUACAGGACUCAAGGCUUUAGGGGUUCGGGAAAUGACACAUAAAAUGGCUUUUUUGUCGAGUUCUACAAUACUUGAAGGCCAUGAAUUGCCCGUUCAGUUAGAAGAAAGGAAUAUCGAUUCAAAUAGCGGUGCAAAAGAUUUUUCGAUGUUUAAAGAAGAGGAAAUCAGAAGAAUUGAAGUGAUGACUAAAGACAGGAAUCUAUUUGAAAAUAUAAGUAAAAGUCUGUUUCCUUCAAUCUUUGGUAAUGAAGAUAUAAAACGAGGUAUUAUUUUACAACUUUUCGGUGGAAUACCUAAGAUAACAACCGAAGGAACUCAUUUAAGAGGCGAUAUCAAUGUUUGUGUUGUUGGCGAUCCAUCCACAGCUAAAAGUCAGUUUUUGAAAAUUAUCGCCGACUUUGCACCCGUUAGGGCUAUAUAUACGAGUGGUAAAGCAUCGACUGCUGCUGGUUUGACAGCAGCAGUGGUCAGAGAUGAAGACGGAGGGUUUGUUAUAGAAGCCGGUGCUCUAAUGCUUGCAGAUCAAGGUAUUUGUUGUAUCGAUGAGUUCGAUAAAAUGGAUAUUAGGGACCAAAUUGCUAUUCAUGAAGCUAUGGAACAGCAAACCAUUAGUAUAACCAAAGCUGGAGUUAAGGCCACUCUAAAUGCCCGAACAUCGAUCUUAGCGGCGGCUAAUCCUAUUGGCGGCACUUAUGACAGAACUAAAUCAUUGCGAAAUAAUUUGUCGUUUUCGUUACCAAUUAUGUCAAGAUUUGACUUAUUUUUUAUACUAUUAGAUGAAUGUAAUGAAACAACAGAUUAUGCAAUCGCCGAAAGAAUCAUUGAUAUGCAUAACGGAACCGUUGACAACAAUGAAGACGUUACAUAUUCUUUAGACGAUCUCAAAAAUUAUAUACGAUUUGCCCGUCAAUUCAAACCAAAGAUGACAAUGGAAUCAGAAAAAUAUUUGGUCGAAACAUAUAAACAGUUACGUCUAUCUGGAUGUGAUAAUGGCGGCGGAUUCAAGAAUAACAAGCAGUCUUGGCGUAUAACUGUUCGACAACUCGAGUCAUUGAUUCGCUUGUCUGAAGCAAUGGCCCGAAUGUAUUGCAGUGAUUAUGUCGAAACAAAUCACAUUAAAGAAGCCUCUCGUUUGUUAAAUAAAUCAAUACUUAAAAUAGACGAACCAGAUAUCAAUUUAGUUGAUGAAGACACCAAUGAAGACGAAGAAAUGGAUGAUAUUACCGAAGAUCAUGACUCACAGAAAGAAGUGACUGAUUCGACAAUACCAACGAGUCUUAAGAUUCCAUAUGAAGUCUAUAAAUCAAUGACUGAUAUGUUUGUCAUACGACUUCAAAGAGAAGAAAUUCAUAUCGAAGAAGGAGAGAGUGAAGGCAUCAAACGCUCUGAACUUAUUGAAUGGUAUCUAAAUCAGUGUUCAGACAUCGAAACAGAGACUGAUUUGGUUCAUAAAAAACUUAUUUGCGAUCGAGUUAUUGAUAAACUUAUUAAUACGGAUCACAUUCUUAUUGCUUUACAAACCAGUGAACAGAUUACUACCGGAGAGGGAAAAGAGUCAGAAACUGCUGAUCCUAUUCUUGUAGUACAUCCCGACUUUGUGGUCGCUCAGGAUUUCUAGACUUUAUAUUAAACACUUACCGUAAUUGUCUCAUUGAUUUGUUUUUAAUAAUGUUAAAUAAUGAACAAAAUAAUAAUAAUUUUAUUUGGUUUAUAAUUAUACUUUUAAUAAUUCACUUCUAAUACGAUAAACCAACUAAAACUGCAUUUAAUAACUAUUUGAUAUAUAAUUUAUAUUUUAAAUAU